GAGCUCAAGGCGCUCCGCCACUUCAAAGUGCUGGGCCCCGCGGAGCACGACGGGGAUAUCACCCGGGCCAAGGAGGAUGUGAAGCUUGCUGAGACGCUGGUUCCGCUCGUGGAUGAAUGGACCGCAACCCUCAUGGAGAUGGGCAAAGAGCGGUACGACGGCCAGUUGGCUGACAUCCUGAAGGACCUCGGCGACAUGCCAGAAGCAAAAGCACCAGGGGAGCUGGCAAUCUGGGUGGCUGCGCUGGUCAACCCAAUUCCAGCCCUAGGCGUGGCCUACGAAAUUCGGCCGGCAGUGCUUUCUGCUUCAAGCGUCCGAGAGCGACUGGAAGUGGCCAUUGAGGGCAUCCGAGGGAGCAUCGACCAUAUCAGCGGAAAGCGGAAGCUGUUCUAA